AGGCUGUACAACGUAGUAGUUCUAGUUGUUAAGCGUCCAGUACAUCAAGUAAGUAGCUUUUCCUAUACCUGCUAUGGUUGUGGUCAUAAAGAAGAUGAAGCAUGACCUUUUUCGAACAACUCCGAGUCUUUCGCGAUUCUUGUAGUUGUAGCCAGCGAACCAGUUGUGUGACACAGGAAGUUGUAGUGCAGCGGAGAUUACGAGAUCAUUACUCUCACUACGACGACGAAAACGACGAUGUGCGGAGACGAUUACGCAGAACUACAAGUGGAAGUGCAAGAUGAAAUCUUUGACUUCUUUGGUGUGCUUUAGCUGAGUUGUGUAGUACAAUCGGUACUAGCUUCUAGCUCUAUCUAGCACUGCGUUGUCAGACGGAGACUACUAACAGAGGAAGCGCAAAGUUGCUCAUGAUCGAGAAAAAAAGAGGUCGCAAGACCACGGAAAACAUUGCGGGAAUUGGAAUGGGAUCAGUCAGGAGCAGGACGUGAAUAGUACAUAACAAGAAGCAAACCCAAAGGCACUUCAUUCUUUUUCUUGUACAACUAUCUAAGAUAGAACUUCUACUUCUACGUCAGCCUCGUGACGUGGUCUUUCAAAGUCCUUCUGAGAGGACGAGGAGAUGCUCCUGCUACCGAUGAUGCCUGAUGAAAGUGGUUGGGUCAGAGAAUUUCUCAUCUUGUAGAGGAAGAACGAUCUUCAGUAAAAGGGCUUGAACUUGAAGAGCAUCAACAUCCCGCCUAGCGCCCGCAUUAUUGUACCAGUCCGCAACAGAAGAUGAUGGAGAGAAGAACCCAAGUCGGACAUUAGGAAAGAACACCGUGACCGCUCAAGGGGGUUGUUUGCCCUCACGACUUCGCAAACUAAAAGCGACCUGUGACGUACGUAUCUAUAACUUUUGUACGAGCAAUAGUAGCUGCUAGACGAGCACGACCAUCACUUCAGCGACGACGUGGUGGGCCUGUUGUGUUCCUACUUGAUGUUCAGAGACCACGUGAUCUGUCUUGUACGAGGACAUUGACGAAGAGGAGAACCGCCAUCAGGACCAGGAGAACUUCUUCUACCAAAUAAAGAACUAAAUCUUCAUGCGUACUAGAGAUCCUCCUCCUCUGGUAGAACAACCAUAAGGAAAUCUAGAUCUACCACGUCUACUACUACUACUACUUUUUCACGCACAUGCGUGGUUCAGGAUCAGGACAUCAUCUACCCUAAGAAGAACUACCUCAAUUACUUCUUCUUCACGCGUGAUCUAGAACAACCGUAACCCCUGGUCCCACCAGCUUCGCAGCAAAAAUGGUGCCGCAGCCAAGUCCAAGUAGUGGCGCUGGGAAUGUCACUGCUCGUACUGUUGUUAAGGCAUAGAUUUUGGCACUAUCAAGGACAUAUGCGAAAAAUAGAAAUAAUCGACGAGUUACUGACUGAAAUAAGGGGCGUAGCUUUUACAAGGCUACUCUUCCUCUUUCAGUAUGAUCUCGGUUGAUAUAGAUAUUCUUGUCUGUAGUUCGUUCUUGCUUAAGUCAGUUUAUCGAAUAUAGAGGUCAACUUGUUCAGCCCCGAACCCCAACCCUUCCUUCUAAGAUGAAGUACAACGUCGCCGGUAGUAAGAUAAAGAUACACAAGCAACCACGUGAGGAUGAUAAUGAGUGCGAAUACUACUCGAAAACGUAUAACACGUGGAUGCGCGCAGCUAUCCAAGAACGCAUUCGCGAUUCCAGUCAUAAAGUGGUACAUAUUGCUUGCUUGUGUGGUAGUCUGUUGUGGUACAGCUUACAUGAUAUUACUCAUCUUGUGACAGUUGUAGAAGUUGUACGUUUAUUGGAAAAUAAGAACAAAGACGCUACAACUUGUAGCUCAGGAAUGACUCGUAGACGAGACAGCUACCAUGCAUUCGCACCAUUUUUGCACAGAUAGCCUACACCUUGGAUGUCAAGCCAAAAGCAAAGCCUGAGAACGUCCGACGAUUUGAGGGGGAGCCGGGCGACGACCUGGAGCCACGAAAGCCAACUCCAGCAGGUAUUAGUAUUUAUUUGAGUACCAGAAGAUAGAAAGCCAACUCCAGCAGGUAUUUAUUUGAGCACUAGAAGUAGAAGUACUAAGAGUAGAAUGAAUCAACUGGCAACCAGGUCAUUAAGUGUAGUUCUAUCUUCAUCAACAACCUUUGCAAAUAUAGCGUGACCAUCUUCAUCAACAUCAUGUUGAUUCCCAAACAUUACACAGCAGCCUCUUCACCCUGGUCUCCUUUGGCUACCACCAUCGGCCCCACGAGCGUGGAGGUUCCUGCAGAAACACCAGCCGCGCCCCCGCCGACUACCCAGAUCCGCCCUGUGCCAACGCCAACAGACGCUUCAACGGCACCCCCGCCUACAAGAAAUUUGAACGAUUAUGAGAUAGAUUCACUACAACGAGAUGAAGUUGAAUUGAAAACGCUGCUGGAAGAAGGUAAGUUCGGUAGUACUUUGAUCGAGAUAGGCUUCGAAUUUGAAAAAGAGCGUGAUCUUCUAAUUCCACAAAGCUGGAGGAGCAGCGCUUUCAUCGGCACAGGAGCCAUUUUUAAGGCAAAGGCUCUAGAAAUUCACAACACUUCACAUGCACCAACAACUAGACAGAUUGACUUUUUUUGGUUGAUAUCCAAGUAUAGAUACGCAGUAGUAGAAUCAAGGCACGAAAUCGAAACUGUAUCCCUAAUUUAAUCAUUUUCAACCACCACACUCUAAUAUGCUUAUCACUAACUUAAUAAUUUUCAACCCACCACACUCUAAUAUGCUUGUCCACGAAUGCUGCUGGGCUGAAAAUCGGCGAUCCAGUCUACUACCAUAGCAAGACGCACGGUGAAAAAAUGAAGGAUGAGAUUCUAGCUGUCAAGUCCGACGGACUUCACGUAGAUCUAAAGUGCAAGAAAAACGCUCUUCUCACCAGAGUCGAACUCAUCACAGAAGAACAGGAUGUACCAGUAGGAGUACAAAAAUUGGAUCAAGAUACGGGACCGGCAACAGCAAGGGGAGCGCCACCGUCAAGAGGCGCGUUUGGUUCCUCCACAGCGACGUCGAGGAUACUUGGUAAUAUUUAUAUUCUAGAUCUGGUACAUGUUGGCCUUGGCAGGUUGUUGAAGUUUUUAUCUUCUUUGAAUCUUGUCAGUAAAGUCAGUAGUUAAACAAAUGCUGCUGAAGAAGCUGAGCGUAAAAACAAACAAUCUUCUUGCACCUUCUGAACAUCAACAGCCCCUCUCUUUACUAUCAUCAAUAAAAGGGUCUUCCUCUAGUCCGCUUCGGAGUGCCCGUGAUGCAGUAGGUUCCCCACAUCAAAGACGCAGUAGUACAGCAACGGUCGUUGGGGGACGCAUAUCACGGACUAGUGCAACGUCUACAGUGACAACACUUCCCGGUUCUUCAGCGAGUCAGAGGAGGAAUACUUCUUAUGUUCGUUGUAUGUAGUCAGUGGUAGUGAUGAAGCAGAUGAUGUAGUUGAGGCGAAUUUUCGUAUGUUCUUGUAGCACUACUUACAGUGCAUGUACGACUAGUAGAGGAGCUGGAAAAUGGAUUGAAGGAGACAGAACGCUCAGGGGCAACAAGGUGUUGUAAAAUUGAAAUAUCGUCUAUUUCGCAGAAGUCACGACUGGGACUCGUCCUGGUGCAUAAUGAUCUUCUAAUAACCCAACAGCACAGCAGCACCAUCUGCCACAACAACUACCACGUCAAACAAUUACGCCUCCGUGUCCUCUGGCGCAGAUCAACUACAGCAGUCUGCGCAGUCCUUCAAGUCGCUGGAUGAUAGUGGCAUAGCAACUGCAUCCAGCAUGCUGAAUAUAUCCGGUGGAGGAAAUGCACUUGCCAUUAUGAUUGAGGAUCGUGCUUGCUAUAAUAUGCACAUACUGGGAGCACUGCGACUUGCUAUGUAUAAUAUGCACAUACUAGGAGCACUACACGCAUGCUAUAGUACUCUGCGGCCGGUAGACUAGAAGCACUACUAGUAGGGAUGCGAAGGAAUGAAUGCAUAUUGGCAUAUGCUUGUUGUCGUUUUAUGUAGUUACUACUGUCUAAGUGUAACAGAAACUGUACUGAGAUCUUCUGUUGUCUGCAGUAUAUCUAUCAAAAAAGCCUCCGCUUACAACUUCUAGUCUCACCUACUACAACUUCGUGUAGUUCUAAUCAAAAUCAAGCCUCCUCUUCGAGUGUGGUCAAUGUCUCCACCAGUGGCACGAGUGCAUCGAGUCUCUCCUUCGUGUCUGCGAGUCAGCGAAGCCCAGGACUCAUUUCCUCAACGGCCUCUUCCGCAAUUGCUGCCACUAAGACUUCGACAACGAUACAUCGUAGUAGCACAACCACGACGAGCAGACGACCUUCGUCUGGUGUCACGACGACGAUAAUUAAGGUCGUGGCUUGAAAUGAAUAUCCAUGGUCAAUGAGUUGUAAGUUGUAGCCCUAGUAGUGAUGAAUCCAUGUAGUUGUAUAGUAGAAGCAACAAGAACAACGAAGUCGUUGUUUUUCAUCGGGGAAGAUGUCUUUGUCUAUUUGACUCUCUAAACUAAGGCCACCAACGACUACAAAAACGCUUACGUCGACAACAAUUCACAGUAGUGACCCAAGAGUGCACGCAGCCUACAGUCAAGAUCACACGCCAGCCCCACCCCCAGCCACAACGGCGUCGUCUGCUACGACUGCAAGUGCAAGCACUUCUUCUUCCGGAGUCGUGGGAGUAAGCGCUAACAAGCAAGAUGUAGCUCCAACUACGAGUGGUCCUCAGACAAGUGCUUCCGCAGUGUCAAGUAGUGCUACAACCGCACCAACAGAAGGAGUCCUCGCUGCGAAUACAGCUUCUACGAUAUCGAGCACCCUUGUAGGUGCCCCUGCAGGGAUAAUGAGUGCGCUAUUUGGGACCGCCACCGCCUCUGCUACGCCGGCUCCUGCCACAGCAGCUUCAUCUGCUAAAACUACAAGCUCUGCCACAGCUGCUGGAACAUCAACUGAGGGCGGAACUAGUGGCACUAGUGUCGCUGUUCUUGUUAAGGCUUCCCCACAUACACAUUCCUCUUGUUGAAAAGCAUCUUUGAAAUGGUUUCGAGGAGAAAAGAGGUUAGAGGUGCACUCCAAGAUGAAUAAGGGGAAGACGUUCUAAGGUUGUGAACAAAAAACAAGAAGAUACAACAACUACGACCAGGAGACCUCAAUCUUCUAGCACUUCUUCAACAUCAGCAGGUGGUGGAGGUCAUAGGGUUGAUUCCACCGACACCUCUGAAAUUAUGCCGCCAGUAAAACAGAGUGUGGGAAGUCGCUCGUCAUCGGCAGAGACGGGUGCUGCAGCUCAACAACAAGCGAGCGCUCAACUAAGUGUAGUCACGGGUACCAGCGCCGCUACUUCUUCGACUAACCCACAGAUUUAGGGCCGCUUCAUCUCCGAAUUAUAUUUAUAAGUAGGCCUUCUAUGAGGUCGUGCAUCUAUGACUACAUGGUGUCUUCAUCAAGGGAAAAUAGAACGUCAAAGAUGCUACUUCAUGUGCUCACGGUAAGGUGAGGUCUAAAUCUAAAACCUAGUCACCACGACGACAGCUGCUACUGCUGGGACUGCACAGCCCCAUCACACUUUUAGGCCAGAAGUGCGGUCUUCUACUGUGUCUUCUGCUCUUCCUCCUAGGACUGUGAGUGACGGAUACCGGUUACCGUCGACGACGAGUGGCCUAGCCUCCGUUCGUGGCCCACGUCCACCUGGUGGCAGUUUUCUCGGCUCCGCAUUUCAAUCAGUCAGUCCAAAUUUACUACCGGCCCCAAAUAGCACUGCAGCUACUGGUGGGACUGCUGGUACUAACGGAAUGAUCAGUACAACUGGUACAACUUCCAAUGCCACGACCGCGACUACAUCCCGAGCUUCAGGAGGUGCACCUACAGCGGGAACUACUAUUGUUAAGGCUCUUCACCAAAAAGAUAAUUCAAGUUUCAAUUCAUCUUGUUUAAUACAUGAAGAUGAACCAGUGAUCUUCUGCAGCACUCAUUUGUUCCCCUAUCAAAUACUUCGGAGAAGAUGAUGAGGAGCCCUUAGAUUAAACCCCUGGAGUGGGUACAUUCAUUCAUUCAAUCAUUCACUCAUUCUUUAGAAGAUGCAUUUUUUUUUGAUAUUGAAAGCGCUAACAGUGAAAGGACAGCUUCAGUCACUAACGCCAGUAGCAGAACGAGUCUCUUGUCAACGUCACCGACUCCUGGUGCAGCCGCAACCACCUCGGUCAUCAAAACAAGGCCUUUUGCUAACGAGCAAGAAGGAAGAAGAGCGGCAGAAGCUUACUAUUAUGCAUUUAGAGUACUUGUUGUUGCACCAAAGCCUGAGGCUUGUUCUACUAUGUCUAGCUUGGGUCUUCAUUUGCGAUUGUUUUUCCGUUCGAUGUUCUUCUGGAAUCACCCCCACUGCGACAUUAUGUCAUUCUGGGGAGAUACUCCAGACAAAUCAAAGUCUAGCAAACGACUCUCACUCGUUCAUAUUUCCGGUAGCACUGGCGCACGAAACCGGAGAAAAUACGGCGCAGGGUGUGUUGAUGAUCUGCCGCUUUAUAAGAUAAACGAGGAGUUCAAUCCAGUCUCAGGCGGUCAAGCUACACUAGUGAAACGAUGGCUCAAGAUUCCAGAACAUGCUACAAUAACCAGAUUGGAAGGAUUCCAGGGUAUUGAUUCAUCUACCUCCACCACCUUCUAGGCAUCGAGAAUUUCUACUAUGAACCGAAAUCCAUAAAUAUUCAUUCCUUUUCGUUCAUCAUCCCCGUCUCUACUCCAGGUUCCUUAUCUGCUUCAUCCUCUUCCAGCACCUCACCCAGACACCCCGUCCCACUUCAUCCUCUUCCCUCAGGUGGUCUCAACCUCGGUGUUUACAGUGCCGAGGGUUCUGGGAUGGAAGCGAAGGUGCUCAAAGUCGUUAAAAGCGGUAGUCGCUAUCCCGGUAUUUUGUCAGAAGCGGAUAACAUCCUUCACGUACGUGCUGAGAUUCCGGGAAUCUUGAACGACCCGCAGUUAACGUUUCCGAAAGAAAUUAUACGAGUACGACAUGUACCAAAAGCGGCAGAUGGGAAACCGGAGGUACUAAGAGGAAGAUGUAGAUGAAGAUGUUUCCUAGCAACACACAGAUUGGGAAAUUAAAAACAAUAUUCUGGUGCUAUAAUCUGCCACUACUUCUCGUAGUGUCAACGAUCAGAAUUAGUACACAAAGUAAAUCAAAGAGAAGAACUACUUCUUGUAGUGUCAACGAUCAGAACUAGUACACAAAGUCAAAAAAAAACCUACACAAAGUCAAAGCCAAAAAAAAAACCUCUCCUCACUCCAGGAACUCAACGUCAUGCUAAUGCGAAAAGCACGCGGAAGAAGGCUAGCUGAGGUCCUUGCUGAUGCCUGGAGAAGUCCUAGUUUACCGAGAUCCAAAAUUUUUGAGCUCUUUCGACAAAUAGGACGAUUCCUCAAAGCCUUCCAUUUGCGCUAUCCAGAGAGAGAACAUGGUGCUGGCUACUCAUGACCACUCAUACACCUUCACAUCUACUUGCCCAACCUGCUUCUUUUAGCCUUAGUUCGAACUCUCAUCUUUUUUGACUGACGGAGUUCUUGGAGAUCUUUUUUGAAGAUCUGCAAACUAACACUGUCGUAGUUUCCUCCAGCAACAUAUAAGGCUGCAAGCGUUCAGAAAUUUCGUUCCUUCAAUUACCCACAAGCAACAUGAACUACAUGUGAAAGUAAAAAUUCGUUCGAUAAUGAGACAUCCCUCUUCCUCAGCCCUCCACCCUCACGUCUCCAACCUCCAACCUCCCCUCACCAGGCGACGUCCAGCCCUCGAAUAUUUUUUAUGAUGAAGAUAAUGGCUUCCUAACCCUUAUCGAUGUUGGCGGAAUGGGCCAGAAAACCAUGAAAAGCGACCGAGAACACUUUUGCGAGAGUCUUAGGCUUUUGUCGCAAUCCUAUGGACCCGAAUUAUUGGAGCAUGGCCGCAAGGCGUUUGAAGACGGGUAUAGGUCGCAGAUAGGACCAGACUACCGCAAUAUGCUCAUGGGAGGAUCAUUGCGAGCAAUGACUUUGACAUGAUCAAGGUCAUCCGGUGGAGCCAAAACCAAUAAACAAAUGUUGAUGUCUUACUAGAAAUUUUAGACUUGUUACAAGAAAAUAACAAGCGCAACAAGCGAUUUGCGUAUACAACUAGGAUGGCAAUGGUAGACAGCAACUUUUAUGACUAGUCAACUUUUUCCAAUGCAAAAGCAGGAGCUCACAACUUUUUCCAAUUCUGUAUGAUUUCAACACUGAAAUGACCAAGACGUCUAGCACGAGUUUUUUUUUCUUGUUGAAUAUCUAUGAGUUAAAUAGACCUAUCACAAAAAAACUUUACAACUUUUUUGAAUAACAUCAUGUUGAUCGCUGAAGCGGUGCAUCUUCAAGGAAAUGAAGCGCCAUGGCACCAGCAAUUUGUGUUGAGAGGAGGGAGCAGGUCAUCACUCACUACC